AUGUUCGCUGCCACUUCAGAGGAAAAAUCCCAUAAUCUGACUUCUCAGACCUGUGGUAAAGACCUCACCAGGUCUGGACCCAAGGUUAAGAAAAAGCCCCGCUCUCCUGAAGUGACUUUACCGCCUUUGCGCCCAAGGCCACCUUCUUUCUCAGCAGCCUUUGUGGACAGGCCCCUGUUCAGCCGUACCCCCACCCUCCAGAAUGUCCCCUCUGACAGACCUUUAUCAGUGGUGGAACUUCCUCGUCUUAUUGCCCAAGUAGGACCUGAAAAAGCGAUAACAUUAGGGACCGACAUCCCUAUCAAAACUGCUGCUGAGUUGACAGCUCAAAGUCUUACAGAGAAAGAUGAAUCAAUAAAAGUUACAACGUGUAAGGAUAAAAAGACGACGGCUGUAAAAGAUGGGAAGGCGACCAAACCAAAAAAAUGUCCUCUCACUGGCACAGACGUCGCUCAGAUCUUUGCACAGAAAAGACACCUGGCAGAAUUGGAGCUUUAUUACCUGAAAGAAGUGGAUGGGGACUCCUAUAGGCCCUAUGACCUACAAGUGGUCCAUUCCAGUGAAGCUGGUUCUGAGCACUACAUCUUCUCCCCCAGUUCUGUGCUACAUGUGACAGAGAGGGGUUAUGGUGGACUUAUCAGUCUGGCAGCAUGGUACAGAGAGUCUGUGUUAUGGACAGCUUUGCAGGAAAUCCCAUUUUUCAGGGCCUUCAGACUGCGGAAAGCUUUCACCUGGUGGCGUAGAAAUGUGCGCAAGAUAUGUUUUCAGCGCAGGUGUGAGGAUCUGCAGGACAUGCUGCUUAUAGCUGUACCACAGUUCAGAAGUGCUUUUUAUCUGUUGACCAGACUAAUUGAAGAUUUGAAGGAGACACACUGGCUUCCCCAGGAGGACAGUAAAACCUACACAUUGCUGGAAUUCAAGAAUGUACUGAUAACCAAGAAUCAACAGUGUCUGCAGAUUCUGGAGAAGUUAUCACAGUAUCGCGCUGUCAUCCUAAAUGCGGUGAAAGAGAACAGCUACAGGGCACACCAGGAGCUGCAUUUGCACCUGGAGUAUGCUAAAAAGCCAAAUAAAUGCUACGAACCCAUUCACCUCCACCUGGCUCACCAGCAGGAGCUGAGGAAAGAGCUGGCUCGGUCUGAAAGCAUCUUGCAGAAAUUGGGGAACUUUGCUUCACUCGUCAAUCAAAUGAUUGUGCAGAGUCUUGUCACAGUCAUCAGACAAGAUGCCGUUUCGUUUCUCAGCAAUGUUCUGAAGAGAAUGAAUUCUCAGCAGUGCGCUCUCUUCCACACUGAGCUGUGCAUCAGUGCUAAUGGUCAGCUGACUGUGGACCCACCGAUUCAUCUGUUCCGAGAAGCAGUUAGUGACGCACUCCUGACUGUUGGUGACUCCAUUGUUCAGAUGUGUGACACUUGUGGAUUCUUCCUGGACAUCAGCAACAUUAACUUAAGCUCUGAUUUUGCUCAGGAUUUACCUUCUGACCUCAGUUGUAUUGAAUAUCCUUCUGUUACAGGGGAGAGUAAGAACAGUGCUGGAAUGACUGGUCGCAGAAAGUUUUGCUGCUGGCGAAUGCUCAGAGACCCAUCCGCUCACUGGCAGGUGCUGCCAGAUCGAACCCCACAAAUAGUGCAGGGCAGCAUGGUGCACGGCAGCUACUAUCCUCUCUCCAAGACACAGCUGGAGUGGCAGAUCAGCAUCAAUGACUUUUCAAAACAAGUUGAGAGAGAGCAAGAGAAGAUCAUGCAGGAAACCGAACUAGAAAUCCAGCAGGUGUGUGCGGGCUAUGAGUGGCUGGUCGACAUUCAUUUGUUCAUUAGCCAGUGGAGUCAAGCCUCUUUGGAAUCCAUGAAAGAUCAGCCUGCUUUACAGUAUGAGGAGCACAUUAGGAAGAUGCGGCGCUGGUCUGAGAGAAUCAACACCGUUCCCUCAUCAGUCUCUACCUCCAACCAGCUGUUCAUAAUCCACUGCACCCACACAAAGGAAACUCUAGUGCAACGGCUGAGUUUCAUUGAGGAGGAGGUGCUCGAGCAGCUAGUUGGGCAGAUAAAGCUGCACUCAGAAAACCUCAUAUCAGACUUGGAGAAUGCUACAGCUGAACUCAAGACAGAACCGCAAGACUUACAGGACUUCUCCAAAUAUGCUCUUAUGGUGAGAGAGUCUGCGAAAAUGUUGACAGAGAUGCAGGAGCAGUUGGAGUACAUUCACUCCCUGCAGCACACAGUUUGCAUGAACUUUAGAAAACUGACUGUGCAGGAGCUGACUUUGGAAGAAAAGAUGCUGGGCUUGUGGGAUGGUUUUAUACCCGUCUUGAAGGAAGCAGGCAGCAUUGUGUGCCAUCGUCUCCCUUCAGUGGCAAAUGCACUGGACACAAUGUUCUCGUUUAUGGUCUGUGACCUUAAAAACGUGGUCUCUAAAGCUACAUCUGGACCCUUCCUCGACCCAACUCAGGAUGCCAAAGAGAUGGUCUCCAAACUGAACAGUGUGUGUGCACAUGUUCACAUUCUAAAUGCAAAGCUGGAACAACUUAAUAGGAACAGUCAAAACCUGCAAGAACAUACAAUGGAUUUGACCAUUUUGACUAUGGAUAUUCAGAAGGUCAAAGCCCGUAGAGAGCUGUGGGAGCUGAUAGCUGUUUACACAACAUGGAUGGAAGAAUGGAAACAGCUGCUUUUCAGUGAGGUCAUGGUGUCACAUGCUCAAGAGAAAAUUGCCAAGUGGAAGGAGCAAGCUCUGUCUCUCGCAAGUAUCCUACCUACCCAUGAUGCAAUGCUGCAGGAGACUGUAGGAAUCCUGGAAAGCUUAAGCCAUCAGCUUGCAGUCAUGGCCCAGCUACAGAGCCCCACACUCAGACACAAACACUGGAGAGCUAUUUUUAAAGGCUUGGGCCUACAGUAUGUCCCAGUGGAGAACGUGACUGUUGCUGAACUGAUGUCUCACCAACUUGAAGCUCACCAGAAACUAAUUACCAAGGUAUGCAGGGAUGCACAAGCAGAGUGUAACAUGGAGCAGACCUUCCAGGAGCUUCAACAGGGGUGGAAAGCCAGACUCUUCCAGCUGGACAAAUUCACUCGCCCUGUUUGGCAGUAUUGUGAUCUACAACAUGGAUUAACAGAGACAGAGAAGCUCACAGAGGGGAACGUUUCAAAUCUCAAAACUGCCAGUCAACACUUCUGUAAUGAUGCAAGAUUCACCAUCAUCGGUCUUGAAAUACACUUUGCUGAGAUAGAGAAUGAUUUGAUGACUCUGUCCACCAUGUUGAAGUCUCCAUACAGUUCUGAGUUCAGGAGGCAGGUGGAAGAUUGGAUGGAAUCAUUGCAAGAUCUUGAGAAGCUGCUUGAUUUAUUUGAAAGAUACCAGCAAAUAUGGGCCUUCCUGACAAAGAUGUUUAAUGAAACAUUCUUUAGUGUGCAAAGAGAGAAUCUGCUGGAGCCGUUCCAACCAGUUGAUGAGACAUUUAAGGAAAUUAUGCUCACUGUAUCAGCUGACCCUCAUGUGUUGAACUUUGUUCAUUCCAAGAAGACAAAUGACAGAUUUCAUGGAAAUAGUCUUUGCCAGAUUCUCAUUGAUGGUCUGUCUACAAUGGAAGCUAUUUCCAGCCAGAUGGCGGACCUCCUGGAUGCCCUGCGUGAACAAUUUCCAAGACUCUGGUUCUUGAGUGACAGGGAAGUGAUACAACUACUCUCCUCUCAACCAACACCUUUCACGCUGCAACCCUUUGUACGCAGAUGCUUUAAAGGGGUACACUCGCUUGAAGUGGAUAGUGAAAUACCAUGUAACACAGAAGAUGUGAAGAGCCAUGGGGUUUCGUCUGGGAGCCGCAGACAGUUGAAGGUUCUGGGGAUUUUUGCCAGCCUCCAGGAGCACAUCACCUUUCUGUCUCCUUUAGAACCAAAUCUAAAUGCCUUGGUUUGGCUAAGUGUAUUUGAGAAACAAUUUAAUUUGACCAUGGUACAGCUCAUGAAACAAUGUGCUGCUGUGCAAUAUCAGCUUCAGCCAUCCAGCCAAGAUUUGACUUGUGACAAGACAGUGGGAGACAUCUUGCACAACAUUGAUAGUUGGAGAAAAAAUAUACAACCUGUGCUCGAUCUGCUGUCUGAAUACCCUCUCCAGUGUCUGCUGGUGGCUGAGGAGGCAGUAUGGUGCAGUGUUGUUCUACAAGCUUUCCAAGAAUCAAGCCCAGUGAAGCUGAGCAACAUAAAGGCAUGCAACUCCGCAAAACUGAAAAACCUUGGCUGUGCCAUAAGGGAUGGAGUCACAGGGGCUAAAAGUGAAUCUCUGGUUUCUAAGUACAUGAUGACGUGUCUGCGUGGUUUAGUGCAGCUUACAAUGAAUCAUGCACAGCAGCUGUCUCGCCUCAUGGAUGUGCAGUGUGCGCUGGAGUCGUCUUUUGAAUGGCUGAGUUUGAUGAAGUAUCAUAUAAAAUCAGAAGAUCAGAGUCUGAAAGGCAGUGAUGAUCUGGCAUGUUAUGUGGAUGUAUUGGGCCAUCGCUACCAAUAUGCCUAUGAGUAUUUUGGUCCAGAAGACUGCAUGAUGGUGCAUACUCCUUCCACAGAUCGAGCGGUACUGGGGAUUCUCCUUGCACUGACAAGCUACAGAUGUGGGUUUGUGAGUGGGCCUUGCAUGUCCGGAAAGACAAAGACUGUGGUUCAGUUAGGAAAAGCCCUGGGGCGGCAGGUUGUCAUUGUACAGUGUAGUCCAAGCAUGAGACCUGGUGUUGUUCAGCAGAUGCUGUUUGGCGCCCUCCAGACUGGAGCAUGGCUUCUGUUGGACUCUGUGGACUUACUAACACAAGGGGUCCUGUCAGCACUGGGACAGCAUCUACUAGACAUUCACCAGUCCUUCUGCGGGUUAACAGGACACAGGGAUCAAAGAGUGAAUGAUGAGCCAAAGAACAGGACUGCUGAUGGGGGCCAGAUGGUACAGAUGGCAGGGAAAAGCAUUUAUGCUAACCUCAACUAUGGGUGUGUUCUCAUCUCAUCAAAGGGCUAUGCACCUGAGGUUCCAGAGAGUCUGCGAUUUGCAACGAGACCAGUUGCAUUGACCCAUCCAGAUUACAGGAUCAUUGCUGAAGUAAUGCUGACUUCCAUUGGUUUCACAGAGGCGAUGUCUUUGACUCAGCGUCUGGUGUCUCUCAUCAGCCUGGCCAAGGAUUCAUUCUGUUUGCCUGAUUUCAUCACUGAUGACCACAGUUGCUUUCUUGUUGUCUUGCAAAAGAUCAUCUCUGCCUCUGAAACACACUUGAAAAAAUGUGCAAGACAACGAGAAAUUUCAGACGAGGCUAAAACAUCGACUGCAGAAAAAACGGAUCUAAUGUCCUCUCAAAACGUGUCUGCCAGAGACGUUCAGAAGGACAGCAAAGAAUCUGAAAAGCCUCCCAGGUUGUGCAGUUCUCAUUUGUCAAUUGUACGCAGCUUAAUGGAGGAAUCUGCCAUUGUCAGAGCGAUUCUUUCUGUCUUAUUACCUGUUCUUUAUGACCCCAAGAAAGCCUCACAGUUCCACAUCAUUUUCAAGAACACAUUCCCUAUAGCAUGCCAGUUUCCUCUUUUCCAACAAUAUAUUGAAGAAGAGGAAAAGAACCAACUUAAAGAUGCAGUUGCAGAAGAAAUACAAAGGAAACGGUUUCACGCUGACACAGAAAUAAUUUGCAGCACUCUUACACUCUACCAGACUAUGAAAUUCUCUCAGGCAGUCCUGCUUAUAGGCCCACCAGGUAGCGGAAAGACAGCCUGUUACUCUGCUCUAGCCGGAGCACUCAAUAGUCUGGCUGCCAAAGCAGUGGAAUAUGUGACUGAAAAUGACAGUAUAAUUAAAGGAGGUACCCCACAGUCAGAUUCACAGAUCUCUGCUUCAAACUGGAACUCUGUUGACACAGUGGUUUUAUUUCCUAAUGCCAUGUCCCAUGAUGAGAUAUUUGGCUGCUUCUGUGGAAAGAGAGGAUGGCAAGAUGGAGCUGUCCCAAAGGUGUUAAGAAUUUCAGAACGAUGGGAACACACAAGUUCUAAACUGUGGAGCAAUAAGAAGAAAAGCGAUCAGAUGCCAACAGUGAAGUGGCUGGUAAUGGAUGGGGAGCCCGUGGGGCAGCCUGGCUGGUUAGAUUACUUAACCACACUGUGUGAUCCUGAGGACCCAUUUCUCUUCCUGUCAUCAGGUGAAACACUUUCAUCCCAAUCAUACCUGAAGCUGCUUAUGGAAGUCACAGACCUAAGCAAUGCAAGCCCGUCAGCAGUGACCCGCUGUAGCCUCGUUAAUUUCACAGGGACUGAUCUGUGGAAGGCUGUGUGGAAGAAUGAAAUGGAUGCUCUCUGUUGUCAACACAGACUUGAUCAGGGGACCUUGAAAAUGUGGAAUCGUCUGGCUGAAGAUCUGUUCUCCAGCACUCUUAACUUGCUUAAGCAGAAUGCUUUAGCUCCUGCCAUCCAUAGCAAAGGAGAAUCUUUUAAAAGCCCCACGCAUGGACUGCAAGAGAUCAUGUCAUUUGUCCGGAUUCUGUGUGCCGUCCUACAACAUUUUGAGAAGGUAUUAGAAAAAGCUGAGGAAAUACCGCAAAGAGACAAAAGAGAUAUACCUCUACAUGGAACAGACACACCAGGCAUAGAUGCCCAGAGUAAACAAGCUCUUCUCGCCAGAAACCUUUUUCUUCUGGCUUAUGUUUGGGGAUUUGGUGGACAUCUGCAUCCUUGCCAUUGGCCACAGUUCGACUUGCUUGUCCGCCAAGUGCUGUUUAGUUGCCGGUACAAAAUUGUGGUUUCUGAUGAAGAGAGUGUGUUUGAACACUUUUUUAGCACUGACAUUAAGGUGUUCCCCAAGAACACACUGUUUACAAAUACCAUCACACCCAAGUAUGGGAACUACACCUAUAUCCUGAACCUCAUGUUGGAGGCAAACCAGCCGGUGUUGCUCGCAGGAGAACCUGGUUCUGGAAAAACCAGCCUGUGCCAAACUUUGCUGCGCUUUGACAAGCCACACAUUAACCUACCAGCAAGUCCACUCCUGACUUCCAGAGACCUUCGCACUAUACUGAAAAACAUCAGCUGCCAGCAGUACUGUAAAAAUAACCCAGGUUCAGCUGCCAAACAGCCAAGACUGCUUCUGUUUGUGGAUGAUUUGCACGAGGCCCCCUGUGAUGCCUUUGGGAAGACAUCAACUGCUCUAGAGUCGUUAAGACAGAGUAUUUCAAAGGGAGGGAUUCUAACAGUUGAUACCUACCACUUCAAGCUGCUGAGUUCUAGAGCCAUCACCUACAUGGCGACCUGUUGUAUUUCUGGAUUAGGCAGCCACCACAGUCUUGUGAUAUCCUCCCGGCUCUCACGCUUGUUCUCCAUCUUUGUGCUGCCGAGCCUAUCAGCAGACGUUAUAUUUUCUAUCCAUUCUCCGAAGCUACAAGUCUGGCUGAAAGAAAUGCCACUGAAACAGAGUGGUGAGGAUAUGGCAUGUUGUAUCAUCAGUGCAACUAAAAAUCUGUAUCAUGCUGUAUGCGAGCACUUCCAGCCUACUGUGCAGAGGCCCUAUUUCAUGUUCUCCCAUCAUGACUUGCAGAAGGUGUUUCAGGGGAUGUACUUGUGGCAGCCUAACAUCCCAAACACAGGGAUAGUACAGAAAAUGGAGUUUGCGCUACCAGGGUUUGCUCCAGUCCUGUCAGGGCCCGCAGCAGCAGUUCUUAACAUAGCACAUCUGUGGAUGCAUGAAUGCAUGCGUACGUUUAAUGAUAGGAUGUGCUCAGAGGAUGACAGCAAAACUCUUGUGUCACUUAUAGCCAAGGUUGCAACAACACACUAUGGGAUUAGAUUGGUUGAUGAAUCCUACCCUGACAGUAUAGAUCUUGAUAUUCACACACUACCCCUGGACACAGUAGAAACCUCUAAGCAAAUAGGUCAGAGUCCAUAUACACUAGGUCUGCCACAAGAGCCGACACCAGCUGGCUAUACAUUGAUGGAACGUUCCCUUCUGUCUGAAAACAGUUGCUCGGAAGAAGAAAGCCUAAAAACUAAGCCUCUACAGUCCCAGAUACUUCAGCACAUGGAGGGCAUGAUGGGUAGGCUUGUAUAUGGCCCUGAGCUCUCAGAGCCUUUGAAUUCAGUGGAUCAGCAACACAUUUUCAAAUCUAGCUCUUGUUACAAGGAGCAAGACCUUGAUGUACUACUGCAGAAACUGUCUGCUCUCGUGGACAGAAAAGAAGACAACAAAGGACAUGAAGCUAAUAACCACAACAUUACGUCCAGAUACGUUGUGCACAGACAGAGAGUGAGUCAGCUGUUACAUAUCCUCAGGGCUUUGCUCAUACCUGGAGGUCACGGAGUACUGAUUGGCUCAGACAGGGGCACAGGCCGUAAAACCACUGUGCGUUUAGCCGCCUACCUCACAGGCUACCAGUUGAUGGAGGUACAUAGUGGUAAUGAGAAUAAGUUGCAUGAAAUCCUGAAAGAGGCUGGGAAUCGAACUAGAGCGGGUGGAGGUAACGUUAUCAUACUGGUCCAUGAGGAAAUCAGCCAGUCUGUUAGAGAGGAGCUAUUGGUGGCGAUGGCCCACAGAACCUACCCAGCGCGCUACACAGAGGAGGAGCUGAAGAACCUUGUUUCCAGGGUGACGGCUGUGAAAAACUCAAGAAAAUACCUUAUGGACAGUUGGAUGUUUGAUAAGUACUUGAGCCAAGUCCACAAAAACGUCCAUGUAUUCCUUCUGAUGUCUUUGGCCACGUCAGACACCGGCGAGAUAACUGCCAACAUUGGACCUCAUGGUAGGAAUGGACAAUUGACCAAGGCCCUGAGCCUCAGCUGCUGUGUCGAGGUGUACCAGCUGUGGUCCUGCCAGUCUUUAGUGGAAGCUGCUGCUCAGUGUCUCACAGCCAGUCCCCUCAAAAUGAAGAGAAAAGGCUCAGAGACCAGCUUCUCUGUGACUAUGGCAGGAAUCCAUCAAUCUGCAUGUCAGUAUGCGUCUGUCCUUCUAAGAGCUCAGCCUUUCAGCCCUCAGACUUACAUGGAGUUCAUUGCCCACUUUGGUUUCCUCUGCAACCACCUGCACAAGCAAUGGCAGGACAAUGGCAACAGGGUUGCUUCUGCUCUGUCUCAUUUGGAUGUCUUGAACAACACAGUUGUGCACUACAAACAGCACUUACAAAGGCUGAAAGAGAAGCUUUCUGAGGCACAGCAGCGUGAGAAAGUGCUCCUCAGAGCUGUAGAUGAUCAGAAAAGCCUGCUGGAAGAAGCUCAGGAGAAAUGUGUGGUAGAGGAGAGCAAGUUGCAUCACCUAGAAGAGCAGACUAAUCAUGCUCAGAAACAGGUGAGACCUGUGUUUCUGUCAGGCCUCAAAAUUCUUAAGUGUCUGAAUCCGUCUGACCUGGAGGAGGUUCGUCACUACAGAGAUCCACCUGAAGGAGUGGUGAAAAUCAUGGAUGCCAUUUGUUUACUGUUUAAUCGUCCACCAGGCUGGGAGAGUGCUAAACAGCUUCUUGGGCAAUCUAACUUUUUCCAGGAGCUGGAAUUUUUUGACCGGUACAGUCUGAGAAAUGAACAGCUGCAGCAGCUCAGCCAGAUAGUUCACAGUCCCCAGUUUGUUCCAGAGUCUGUGCGAGAGGUGAGCAAAGCCUGUGAGUCCCUGUGUCGAUGGGUCCAGGCUCUAUAUGAAUGCUGCUGUGUGCAACACCAACUGCUGGUCAAGCAGCAAUUGGAGGUGCUGACCGAAGAGACACGGGGUCAGCUGCACCUGGCCAAGCAGCAGAAGGGGGAUGCAUAUCACCGUCUACAGGAUGUUAAGCUUGAGCUUCAGUUUGUACAAAAGGACCUGGAGGAGCUACUGCUGGAGCUGCACAAAGCUGAAGGCAUGGAGAGAGAAGCUGCUACAGUGGCAGGGCAGUUAGAUACACAUGACAGAGACUGGAGGGCUGUUGCUCAGGAGACAGAGUUACAUAACCAAAACGUACAAGGCGAUGCUCUUAUCCUGGCAGCAAUCAUUGCUUAUUUAGGCCCCUUUGCACCUGAUAUACGCGCAGAACUACUGAGCAAAUGGAGAGAGCUAUGUCAGACAGGAGGCAUCAACAUAAACCCAAGGGACCCUCGAAUCUGCCUGUUUGCACAGUCAGACCCUGCACCUCCACACCCCCCUGCAGGCUUUCCCAUCCCUGUGUCUGAGAUGCUGCAGCUGCCUUUGAGUCGGGCUUUAGGUGUGAAUGAGUGGCAGCUCCAGGACGCUGUAUCUGCCAGACCGGUGGUUCAGCUGCUGCUGUGGGGCUACAGAAGUCCCUUGGUUCAGUGCUGGCCUCUACUGGCAGACAUCCAGCAACAUCUGGAGAUAAGCUCCGAGAGCUGGCUCAUCACAGGAGCGAAUGCCAAGCUUGAGACAGAGUGUGGAAUUGUGGUUUGUGCCAGUGAUCCAGAACUGCUGGACAAGCUGGACAAGGCUGCUGAGGAAGGUCUGAGAGUCCUGGUGACUCACGUGGAACGUGCAACCCCCAGUCCUCAGCUUCUGGCCAGAUUGGCCCACCCAGCUGGGUAUUGCCUUCCAGGGUUCAAGCAGCAUGCUCAGCCGACCCACCCUGACUUUUGCCUUUUCCUCAGCACUCACCUGCCUGUCCGACUGCUUAGCAGUGAGAUCCAUCCAUCCAUCUUGGCUCAGGUGCAUGUAGUAGACCUGUCUCUGAGCUCAGAAGAGAUCCAGGAGCUGAUGCUGACACAGCUGCUGCAAUCUGAGUGUAAAGAGCUGCUGAUUCAACACCUACGGUUCCAGAAUGACAAGCAGUUGCUGCAGGAGAAACUGGUCACAGAAGAGGAUGCUUUGAAGGACUACAUCCUGCAGGCUGAUACGCCACUGCUGCAGGACAGUGAUUUUCACCACCGUGUGGCUGUUUGUCAGGAGGCAAUGAAGAAACUGCAGGCUGAGAUCCAGCAGCUGAGCGAGGAGCUAGAGUACCACGAUGCUCUAGUGGCUGUGCCCCGACAAUUAGUGAAGCUGGCUGCUGCCCUCUACCAGUCUCUGCAGGAGGUGUCCCGUCUUUCCCCUGCUUACUACUUUUCCCUACGUGGCUUCAUCACAGUUAUGCAAGAGGCCUUUAUUAUGAAGGGCAGGCCAUUAGUGUCAUACACCAUUGGUAAAGUGCCACAGGGCGCAGUACCAGAGAUUUCAAACAAGAUGGUUACCCAGAUGCUGGUCCAAUACAGGCCUUGUCUCUUCAAAAGCCAUGUCGCUGUCCUGAAGCUGCUUGUGUCUCUGGCUCUGCUCCAACACAACCAGCUCUGCUCAGAGGGUGAGAGGGUGGCCUUCCUCAGGGGCCUUCAAGACAUAGAACAUCCUCUCUUUAAAGUUAAACUCUGCCCCCCUUCUCACACUGCCUUGCAGUCCACCACUUCUCUGCCCAGCUGGAUACCCCCUCAUAUCCAUCCAGAGCUCCUCAGCUUGGACAAGAUCGUGGCCUUCAGAGGGCUCAUUUCCUCACUUUCCUCUUCCCCCCUACAGUGGCAGGAGUACCUGCACCUCCCUUCCUCUACUGUGGCAGGAGCUGUUCCCUGCCGCUCUCACUCCCAUCUGUCCCUGCUACAGCGGGCUCUCCUCUGGAAAACCAUGCUCCCACACUCCCUCGAGGGACUAGCCAAUGUGAUAGCCGACUGCCACCUCUGCCUGCUUGCACAGACUGUGGGAUCUGAGGCCCCUCACAGUGGGAACCCAAAGUCCCUCUCGCGAUACCUUGUCAAACAUGAGGGACCCAUCAUUCUUACAUUACCCAGUCCAAGAGGAGAUAACCGGACAAGUAUUCAGCCUCUUCACUUAAUAAACAAGUUGGCAGAAACAAAGGAGGUAACACACAAUGUGCAGGUGAAAGUCAUUUCUUUUGGGGCUCUGUAUGACAGAGAGCUCAUCCUCUCAGCACUGAACAAGGCAGCUAAUGAUGGAAACUGGCUGGUUUUUAACAACUGUCAUCUGUUGGAACAAUGGGAUGAAAAAGUAUUGGCUCACCUCAGUCAGCUGAUCUCUUUCAAAGAGGAGCGAUGCCCGAUUCAUCCGUGCUUCCGGUUGUGGUUUAUAACUCAAGAAUAUGCAUUACACCACAUACCAGUGGCCGUGCGAAUGUGUGCCCUGCCUCUGGUCUGUGACUCUGCCUGGGAUCUGAAGGAGGAGCUGAGCUGCUCCUUGCAACAGGUGGCGUCGGUCAUACAAUGUCAAUCACUGUCGGGUGUGACAGCAGACAAAAUGGAGUUCCUCCUUCACUGUGCCAUCUUCCACUCUGUCUUACUGCAGAGACAGACCUAUAAAUACUUAGGCCAGGGGAGAAUCUACAACUGGAGUCAGGAAGACCUCCUGGCUUUGUUGGAUGCACACGAUUGCAUCGCCAAUCUCUGCCAUGACAAGACCAAAGCUUUGCGGUAUAUAGCAGUCAAUCUAGUGCAUGGAGGCCAUGUGUUAGACUCUGCAGAUUUGGAGGUUGUGGAAAGCAUUGCCAAGACCUGCCUCAGCAGAGUGUUGCCUCUGUGGGGCAGUGGACCACACAUCCUCUCAAGUAUUAUCAACAAUCCUGGCCAGUUUGAUUUGACAGGACUGCUGCAGAUUUUGGAGCAGAGUGUUCCGGAUUCAGCGAACAUCAAUGACCCACUUGUGUUGGGCUUUAGUGCGGAUGUAGCAGCAGAGUUAAUCAAGAUCAAUAGCCACAGUUUGAACAUACUGCUGCAGGCUUCCCAGACUCCUCUACCAGGAACAGUGAGGAGUCUCUACACGCAGCAAAACCAGCCCUCUGUAAUUCCAGCCUACAGCCAUGCUAGAGACAGACUGCAGGCUCUGAAGACUCACCUCACAAACAAGAAUGAUAGCAGAGAUACAAAUGCAGGGGCUUUUUCUCACAGUUCCCUUUGUCACUUCUUUCAGACUGAGUGGGAUGAUCUCAUUGAUUUGGUGUCCUCGCUCCUCUCACAGCUCCAACAGCCCGUUCAAUACAGCACGCCGACCUUUGCUUCCCUCCUCAAGCUUGCUGAAUUGUCUCGGUUGGAGAGGAGGGCAGAGUUGCUCAGUGCUUAUCUCUGGAACUGCAACACUUCAGAUCCACCUGGCGCAUACCGACUGUCUGCUUUCAGAAAUGCCAGAGGCUUUCUGCUGGCAGUGAUGAGAGAGGCCACCCAAGUAAAUCGCAGAUAUAUCAGUGAUAUAAAACUCCACUUUCAGGUUCUGAGUGAUGAGACAUAUCCAGCCUCACCUCCCCUGGAUGCUGUGUAUUUGUGUGGUCUUGAGCUUAGAGGGGCUUCAUGGGAUGCACAGCUAGGAGCCCUACAGGACGCAGUCUCUGUGCAGCCAUGCUCACUGCCCCUUGUUUGCGUCAAGGCUCAAGUGAGGAGCACAAAUACUGCCCGAGAUACCUCUCCUUGUAAAAGUUCAUAUUUAAUGGACACCAGUAAUGUGCAAGUCUCUGAUGCUUCUCCACUGACUGCCUCUCAGUUACCAGUCUACUACUGCCCACUUUAUCUUGAUAAAGAGCAGGAGACAGGAGACUGGGGGCUGGCAGAUGUUAACAUUAUCACUAAGGUUCCCCUUCAUACCAGGCUGAAUCCUGUGCUGUGUAGUUUGAGAAGGGUAAGGCUAGUGAGUACGCUCUGA